AUGGUUGACCUUGUCACAAGCGUCGAGGCCCAGGUGGCUUGUUUGGACAUGCAGUUGCAUCUCGUGGAGCUGGCUGAUCUGCCCAACACCAAUGCUUGUCACCGCUGUGGAAGCCGAUUCGAAGCCCACUCUCGCCACAUCUGCAAUUCAUGUCGCUUUCACGUCUGCCACAACUGCUGCAAGCGUAAACUCAUCGAUUUUGCACAUUAUGAUGUGUGCGAUUCAUGUUACGCUGUCAACAAAGAUCGCAAAGACUUUCUUCACGAUUUCCCCUACGAGUCGCUGCCUCUGAUGGGUGGCAUUUUCACCAAGCGCGGUGAGCACCGUCGCAGUUGGAAGCGUCGGCGCUUUGUCAUCGACACCAAUGGCUUUCUCUCUUAUUUUGACGAAUAUUUGGACGACCUCAAGCGGGUGGUGCCCCUCAAGGCUGUCAAGGGCUUUUAUGUCGGCAGCACCUACGACACACGGGUGAAGUGGCCCAAGGACGCCGUCUCGACACAAUGCGUCUUUGUUGAGCUGCCCACACGUCGCAUGGAAAUCGUUUUCCACUCUCUCUAUGAGAUGCUCCAUUUCCGCUUUCUCGUCGCGCUCUUCAGCUCGGUGGUGGAUACCUGCAGCGCUCUUGACGGCGGUGUCGAUGCGCCGAGCCGCGCUCGGCAGUUGUUGGCUGCGCAUAACGGCAAUCCUGAAAGCAACAGCGAUGUUCCCGCUCUGCCAGAUCACACAAAUGACCGUAACAGUGACUCCAGUGAUGACUUGGCUUUCAACGCCGCUGGUUUGGUGCUGAUCGAAUGCCAUGGCAUCGUUCUACAUGCCGACCAUUACGUCUGUACGCGAUGCGGCCUUCGCUUGCAAGAACCCUUUGUGGUGGUUGGCAAGCUUUGUUGCGAAAAGCAUGCCCAAGAGGCUCUCAUCGAGCUCGACCUUCCCCCGGAAACCCUUCGUUGCUUUGGUAUGGCUCAUCCACGCCCUCUUUUUGUUUUGGUUUCUCAGGAGGAAUGGCGCGUCGACCCAAACUCGGUCACGACGGCUACCCUGACAGACUUUGUCAUGGCUCAAGAUCGGGGUCUGCUGAACAAGGUCGAUGCCAUCCGUGAGCGCAUGAUUAGCUUGCAAGCUGAUAGGGUCGAGGGCACGACUGCCGCCACGCCCAGCCUUGACACUCCAGUUCUCACUUCAAAUGAGAGUGAGAAGGUGUGUCUCCCAGCAUCGACUAACCACAACUCUGAAGCACCCGACUCCGUCGCACCAGGCUCCGAGCUGACGGGUUCUGCAGAUAGCGGUUCGAAUGCGCAUCCCAAUGUCUCCCAAUAUGUGCGCGAGCGCAAGCGGCGCAUGAACUUGGCUUUGGAUUCGGGACAGGUCACUUUUGAGAUUGUCGAGCACCAACCCGCGCACUUUCGCGAGUUUCGGCAACAGUUUGGGUUUUCAGAUCAAGAUUACAGCGACAGCUUUGCGACCGUUCCCGUCGACCUACUUGCCGCAAGUGGGGGUCGUUCUGGAUCCCUGUUACUAUUCACGCAGGACAAGCGCUUUAUCAUCAAGACGCUGCCGCGCGAUGAAUUUCAGGUCCUCAUGUCCAUCUUCGAGCGCUACAAGGAGCACCUCCGGGAGCACCCUCACUCUCUGCUAUGCCGCUUCUGUGGCCUCUACGAAGUCGAGAUUGUCAAGGGGUCCAAAAAGCAAACACAAAUCGUCGUGGUCAUGGAAAACCUAUUCGCCCGCGACCCCAACUUGACCUUUCAUGAGAAGUACGAUCUCAAAGGCUCAUUUGUCAACCGUGCGACCAACUCUCGGGCUGGUGUUCGCAAGGACAUGGAUCUGAGGCGCAACUUUUUCAUGUCAGAGUACCAGAAGAACUCGCUGGUUACACGCUUAGCGCACGACUCGCUCUUUCUUGAAUCGCUCGGCAUUAUGGAUUAUAGCUUGCUAGUCGGGAUCCACAACUGCCGCGACGAUGGCAUGUGCUGUGCUGAGCGUCGGCCAAAAGAAAUUUCUCCCGAUCGCGACGAGCAAAGCCAGGCUGAUACACUCAAGUGGGGCGUGCGGGGCCGUGGUCCUGAUCGUCAUCAUCCCGAGAAGGAAUCCGUAUUUUAUUUUGCCAUCAUAGAUAUUCUUCAACGCUGGAACAGUUCAAAGAAAGCGGAAAAUUUUCUCAAGGUCCAUGUCGCAGGAAAGAAUGCUCAGGGCAUCUCAGCCAUUCAUCAGACACAGUAUUGCGAGCGCUUUCAAAAGUAUUUCAACUCGAUCAUCUGUGUUCAGCGGCAAAAGUCCCGCUCGGCAUCAACGACAGUGCACAGCUCUGCUCCACCUCCCGAAGCGCUUGACAAUUCUACCGUUUCUGCCCCAGCGGUCAUGCAGGAACCGUCGACACUCAAGUCAACCAUUCCACCUUUGACGGCGCACGCUGAGCAGGACGAGGCAGAAGCGGAAGUUCGAGAGGCGUUGGGCGAUUCUGAGGUUCAAACGCAAGACCCGCGAGUCUCCGAUGCAUCAACGACAUCGCGUGCGCAACCAAGUUUGAUUGAGGUCGAGGCGGGGACUCAGUCCGAUGUUGGGCAAGGCGAAGGUGACAUAGCCGAUUCCGACCCUUUGCCGCCCAAGCCCUUGGCUGAGGAACCUGCCGAGGAACCUGCCGAGGAACCUGCCGAGGAACCUGCCCCUCCACCAAGCAAGGUGGGCCGUCCUUCAUUUUCGCAGCGAACAUCUGGAGAUUGGGUGAAGGUCGACAUGCUGGCUUCGGUUUCCACCCCGGCGACUGCAGGUUGCGAUGAUCAAGAUCAAACCAAGGCAGCACCUAUCCAAUCUGCGAUGGCCGAUGUGGAUCGUGACCCACCGGCAGGGAUGGUCGGCACCAAUGAUGCGUCAAUACAAGAGGCCACGCCGAGUUGCACCGUCAUCAAUGCCGAUGAGACAGCGGCCGAGGCAUGACAUCGUGCUCGUGCAUGAGCGCAUGGCCACUUCGUGCGUCUAAGGGUCCUUUUUGUAAACCAGUAAAGCGAUGUGUGGACAAAUGGGCCAAUUGAUGAGACC